GAGGAGGAGCUCCUGCGCAUAAUCUGGAAGUGGCGGUUGUUUCAGUAUGGCGUCUGUUGCUGAGGGCGCAAAUGGCAAUGGAUUUUACUGGAUUCAUGACAAAUCAGACGAAGAGCAGCCCAUGGUUUUUGUUACAGGGAUGAGCAAGAAUGCCGGUCUGAAGGUUGGGUCUACAAAUAAUACAGAGGGAAAGAUAAAAAGAAGAGCUAGCGGCAUGGAUAAAAGUAGGAAAAUAACAGGAUUGCAUUCAGCAUUGCAAAGUGCUGAGAUGAUGGUGGGUAAAGCUUCAGAUCAGAAGCUGCCUUCUGUUGUAGCCAAAUCCAAAACCACUACACCUGCACCAGAACCGGACCUGCCUUCUCUCACUUUAGCUCAGCCUCUUUUCAGCGCUGCUCAAGCCAAAAGUAAGCCAUCAUUGAAGGAUCUCUGCCCAGAGGACAAGCGUCGGAUUGCCAAUCUCAUCCAGGAGCUGGCCAGAGUUAGUGAAGAAAAAGAUGAGUCUGUUCAGAAACUCAGGGAUGAACAGGAGACGUUUGAGAAAAAAAUCCAACAGCUAGAGCAACAAAACCAACUCAUCAUACAAGAAAGAGAAAGCCUGCAGCAGCAGUACGGAGAGUGUCAGGAACUGCUGGGACUCUAUCAGCAAUACCUCUCCCAACAGCAAGAGAAACUCAACAAGUCUAUCACCCUGCUCAAUCAGUCCUGCUCCCACAGCAAGAUUCCUAGCAGCGAGGGGGUGGCCAGGAGGUCUUGGGGUGGAAGAGGAACUGCUUUAGAUGGAUCUUACUUGGACCUCCCUUCAUCAGGAAGCAAAACUGAUAGAGGUGGGUCAGUGGAGUGCACUCAUUCAUUCUCAACGGGACCGUUCAGUGCACCCUCCAGCAGUGACCAGAACUGCGAAAUCCAUGACAGGCAGACCAAUCACAAUUCUGAAGGUGGACGUAGUGAUCUCAGCUUCUCCAACAGGGAACCCUCAGCCUGUAAUGCCCUGAGGCUGCAUGGUGCCUCUGAACCCAAGUGCUCUCAUCAGUGCCACAGAAUGGAAAAUGAUGGCAUGUGUGGUGCUAAUCAAACUGGAAUAGCACCACUGUCUGGUCGGGAGAACUGGGAAGAGAAACGACAAUGCCUGCUCCUGCAGAAGAAACAGCUGGAGAUGGAGAGGGAGAGAAUUCAAGCUCGGUUGGCUCAACAGGAAGAGAAACUUUUGCUCCAGAACAAGCAACUCCGCCAGUCAUACCUUCAGUACAGCAAGCUUCAGCAAGCAACCACAACAGACUUUGAGAGACCUCUAAAUGGAGACCGCAGUUUUAAUGAGGGUCAACAAUCCAGUUUUGUAAUGGAUCAGUUGACACACAGAAGUGAAAUAAAAGGAGAGUCACACACUUUGCAGGGAAAUGUUCAACCUUCGUUAAGUAACGUACAGUCACAGCAACACACAUCAAGUAUUGAACAGUCUGCACCCAAGAUUUCACAAGAUAUCUCCAUUACCAAGAAGGAUAUGGCCACCUCUCCUGUGGUUCCACAAAGCUUCCAGACAUCUGCUCUUCCCCAAAUUUCUCCUUUUGGACUUCCUAGCACUCCAAAGGCUUCCAGGCAUCUUGAACUCUGUUCCUAACCCCUACUGAUCCGUUGAGUGAACAGAUAGCGUUUGGGAUUAGCAAACCUCCUCUUAAGUGAUAUUAAUGUCUCAUGGUCAUUCACCAGUGGACCUUGUGAAAAGCAAUGAAAGCAUUUGGGUAAAUAUGACUGCCAAACACAUUAGCAUUCUCUCCGGCAAUUUCCUCCUACCAACGCCCUAACAUCCCCCUCACCCGCCCAAACUACACCUACCCCUUCCCUUGUUAUAGAUUGUGACCGGCGGUAAGAAAUGCAUUAUUCAUAUCGGCAAUGUCGUCCGUUGAUGGAUGGUUGUUUGAGAGGCCUGUCCGUUAAAUAAAUCAACAAAUAAAAAUGCUAAUUCUCACAUUUCAAGAGGGAACCUUGCCAAAGUCCCUCCCCAUCAGCCAUCCACCCUCAGUGUAAGCUCUCCUUCUCUUUCCCUCUGAUGCAAAUGUGCAAAAGAAUUGUCGGAUGGCAAUCGAUUGUCAUUCGCCAAAAUGACAAAAUGAGAUUCCCGGAUUGGACAUUACUAUCAUUGUUAUAGGACUGGAUGUAAAUGAAACCUAGAUUCAAGUUUCAGGCUUAAAAGCAAAAGAACA